UCUUUAUAUAUAUAAAACGGCGAAUGAUGCCAUAGGAUUUUAUUAUCUUUCACCGUGGAGCUAGAGAGAGUAAGUUUUUUCGUUGAUCGAGGGAGAAAGAAAUGGGAUCAUCAACGGCCACGAGGAGCAGCAGCGGCGGCGGGUAUGAUCUGUCGUUUAAGAUCUUAUUGAUCGGUGAUUCAGGAGUUGGGAAGAGCAGCUUGCUCCUCAGUUUCAUUUCUAAUGCUGUUGACGAUAUUACCCCUACCAUUGGUGUCGAUUUUAAAAUCAAGAAGCUCACUGUUGGUGGGAAAAGAUUGAAGCUUACCAUUUGGGACACAGCUGGACAAGAGAAGUUCAGGACAUUGACAAGCUCCUACUUCAGAGGUGCUCAGGGGAUCAUUCUUGUUUAUGAUGUGACAAGGAGAGACACAUUCACAAACUUGUCUGAUGUGUGGGCAAAAGAGGUGGAGCUUUAUUCCACUAAUGAGGAUUGUGUUAAGAUGUUGGUAGGAAACAAAGUUGACAGAGAAUCUGAGAGAGCUGUGAGCAGGGAGGAAGGUGUUGCUCUAGCAAAAGAGCUUGGAAGUUUAUUUCUUGAAUGUAGUGCUAAAACUCGAGCAAAUGUAGAGCAAUGCUUUGAAGAGCUCACAUUAAAGAUAAUGGAGGUACCUAGUCUUCUGGAGGAAAUAUCUGCCCCGGGGAAGAAAAAUAUACUGAAACAGAAACAAGAACACCAAAUAACACAGAGUAGUUGUUGCUCAUGAAACUCUCCAAACUAGGACCAAUUGCCGACAGAUAUAUCAAAGGAAAUAUUACCUAUGGGGGCAGAAAAUUUCACAUUUUCUUUUUACACAUUAAACACUUUGAUCAAACAUGUAAAUAUUUCUUUUUCUUUCUUUUAGUUUCCUACAGAAAAUGUCAUUCAUAAAAAGUUCAGUGUAUAAUUGGUCAUCUUGUGUUUUCUCCAAGUUAGUAUUUGCCCGAUAGCUAAAUUAUGCGAUUGUUCUAAAAUCUAAUGUGUGCAUUCUUACUGAUUGUCCUGGGAGAUUAUCGUUGUUUAGGACUUAGCCUCGUCUUUUCUUUUUUUCCA